AUGGCUUCAUUUGCUUCGGUCAAUCACCACCCUCCUUUUGCUUACGACCCAAGUUGCAAACCUACCAAGAGCAUUCUCAAGCAAAAGAAUCGGUUAUCUCGUACUCCUUCUUCAUGGCUUUCGAAUAUCAACUCCAAGUUGCAAACAGCUUCCUUGAACUUGUCACCCGAUGGGCUUAAUGAGCAGCAGCCACAACAGCAACAGCAACAACAACGACCACAAACUGAGACAGGAACAUCUCGACCUCUUGGCCUCUUUCGCAAAUUCAUCAACAACCAGUCAAACGUAAGCGAUAACAGCAGCAUUGCAUCGGGAGGAUCGAAUGAGCAACUGUCAACCACCAAUGGCAGCAGCAUUUUGGAUAUUGACGAGCUUGCGCCUGAGGAACUGAAACGGGUGCGAUUCUCGGUGGGUCAACUGACAACGGAGUAUUAUCCUUAUCGCCAACGUCAAAGUAGCAACAACAGCAGCAGCAGUAGCAGCAGUAGCGAUAGCAACAAUGGUUUCCAUGCCACCGCGAUAGGCUCAGAUGAUGAAGAAGCACCUAGCACGGCCUCGUCUAGCGAUGCCCCUGAAUUACCCGAUCAUGCAACAGCUGCUUUAUUAUCACCAGCGGGGAAUAAGGAACGCCACCCAUCAGCUGUAUCUACAACACCAUCAUCAGCAUCUCAAAGGAAGACACCCAAAGAAGUAUUGGAUUUAUACGAGCAUGCUUGUGCCAACAAGGAAGAAAUGCCAUUGCCUACAUUUGUUGCCAGUAUUCAUUCAUCCCAAGAUUUGUCACAGCUUACUCGGGUGGAUUUUUCGGGACAAGCAUUGAGUCGCAGGAUGUUGGAACCAUUGGCUGAUGUAUUGGGAUAUGUCCAUGAUUUACGUGAACUUUCGUUUGCCAAUUGUGGAUUGGAAGAUGAUGCGCUUAAAGUUGUGUUACACGCACUCCUGCUGAACGAUACCCUGUGUCACCUUAACCUGGCUGAGAACAAGAAUCUCAAGACGACCGGUUUCAAGUAUAUCGCUAUCUAUGUGAAAGGGGCAUCCAAGCUUGAACAUCUCGACCUUUCCAUGACUAUACCCGACAAGAAAGCCAUACAGUAUUUGGCACAGGCUAUCAUUUCUCCUACAUCCUCAUCAGCUGCACCUUCGAUCAAGACACUUUUACUCGAUGGAUGUGCAUUGAAGCCACCUAUGCUUGAAGCAUUGGCAUCGGGUGUACGUAAAUCAUCAUGCCUAAGACACUUAUCCCUGGUCAACUGCAAAAUCAAUCAUCAAGGCGCCAUAUGGCUUGGUGUCAUGCUACGUGAUUAUGAUACGGAUGAUUCCGCCAAUAUCGGUUUGCACCAACUCAAUCUUGACAACAAUGAAAUCCGACAAGGUGUUCAAUACAUUGCACAAGCCUUACGGAGAAACAUAAGCCUCAACACGCUCACCAUGAGAGAUUGCAAGUUGGAUUCAAAGGGAUGUGCGUUUAUUGGCGAAGCAUUGAGAUACAACCAGAGUUUGAUGAAAUUGGCUAUUGGAUCGAAUAUGCUCAAUCAACCAACAUCGGAAGGUGUGAUGGCUAUCAAGCAAGCGCUUUAUUCCAAUCGAUCAUUGAAUGAGUUAGACUUAUCGGAAACCGGAUCAGGAUCUGAAGCUGCUGUUGCUUUGGCUGAAUGUUUGCCCGAAAAUCGUACGCUUCGUCGUCUGGACCUUUCAAGAAACGUUGGUAUCGAUCUUGCCGGCUUGAUGGCAUUGUUGGCUUCGAUUCGACUUAAUCAUACGCUUGCAUUUUUGGAUCUCACUGUGCCGCCUUAUGAUCGAGAAAUGAUUCGAAUCCAAAGUGAUAUUGUGGCCAAAUGCACAACCAAUGCCCGAUCACCCAUGCCAACAGCAAAUGACAGCGACAAGCAAAGCGUUCAGGCUAAUGGCACAAGAUCUAUCAAUGGUGAUGCACGUGUAACAGCUUCAACAACAGCUCGCCUCACAUUGCAGGAACGAUUGGCAGCUGUGACACGAGGCAAGUCAACGUCACCUUCGACAUCUAGUUCAGCCCAUGCAGCAGCAGCCAAAAGCAAUCCAAGUAAACAAUCCACACCUCCACCCAAACCUGCACGACCUACAGCAGCAGCAAAAUCGUCUCCUGUAAAAAAGAAGGCUAUCGAUGCAGACACCAUCACUACCACAACGCAUCAAAUUGAAUUAUUUGAAGAGAUGCUUGCAGCUGAAGCGAGUCAACGAGAUGAAAUGGUGGAUACACCAAGGUCACCUGAAGAAGUAAUUUUGCAAGUGUUUGGUCAAUGUCAGAAAUCACAAGCAAAGAUAAGCUCGCACAUUCCUCGAGUGACGGACCCGGAUCAACUUGCACAACUACUAGAAUUGAAUGACAGGUUGACAGCUGCAAUUGCACGAUACCAGCGAUUCUUUACCAAUAGCAAGAAGGAGGAGGAGGAAGAAGCAAUUCCAAAGUCGGACCAUGACAACAACAACAACGAUGGCAACGGCGACGGCGAUGAUACACCGCUAAUGAGGAAGAAGGAAGAAAAGGAGGAAGAGAAUAGCAUGGCAUCUAGUUUACUUGUUAUCAAGACUGAACCCCCUUUGUCGACAUCAUUUGAGAUUGGAGAUGUGGAUGAUGAAGAGGAUGAACUUGUGCCGAUCAAGCAUCCGUCGUCUCCCGCCAUGACCACCUCGAAUAAAAAUUGA